AUGUUAACGUUUUUGUGGAUGCUGCUCACAAAGCUCUGCAAAUUUCUUCACAAGAAAGCAUUUUCAACCAUGGAAGCUGCCACACACAAACUGAUACAUCCAACAGUAGAUGCUUUGCUGUCAAUGCUUGCAACUGUGAAGUAUUUCAACAAUGAGCAAUUUGAAGCUGAUGAGCAUGAUAAGUAUUUAAAGAAUAUCAACGUACCUUCUCAAUUCAUGAGGAAUUUAAUAGAUGACAAUUCUUCAAGUGAGCUUCUAGAAGGAACUCAGAUUGAAGAUCUGUAUGAUCUCUUGGAAAUUAAACUAGUCGACUUCCAGUGGGGCUCCAAUGGUCCUCUACUAGAGAUUAUUAUGGGAAGCUUGUUGUUUCAUGGUAUCAUAACUGCAAAUGUGAUGGAAGGAUCGGUUGAUAGUGAGCUUCAAGUGAACUACAAUAACAUUCAUAAGGUACUAUGGGAGCCUUUCCUUGAACCCUGGAAGUUCCAAGUAAGCUUAAGAAGAGAGCAAGGAAAAAGUGCCCUUCAAAACAGCCCAGUCAUGACAGAUGUUCAUCUCGAGUCAACAAUGAAUCUCAAUAUCAAUGUUACAGAAUCCUUGAUUGAGGUCAUACUCACAAAUGCAAAAACAAUUCCAUUUGAAGUCAGAUUCGAUAUCCCAUUUGGUGUCUCUCCCAAGAUUCUGGACCCUGUAUAUCAAGGACAUGAGUUUCCUCUUCCUCUACAUUUUGCAGAAUCAGGUCGGAUAAGAUGGCGUCCAUUAGGGAACACUUACCUAUGGAGUGAAGCUUAUAGCAUUUCCAAUAUUCUUUCUAAUGAAAGGUCUAGAAAUGAGAUUAUUACUAAUAACAAUAGAUAA